AUGUCAAAAAACAGUGAUAAAGGACUUACUAAAACAAUUCCACAAGUCAGUCUUUCUGCCUUUUCGUUUCUUUUUGGAGAGUACAUUCAUCAUGAAUUUCACCAAGAAAAUCGUAUCACAACAACUCAGUUCCACGACAAACUUUUUGAUUUGGGGUACAACCUUGGCAUGAGAAUGACAGAACUUAUUUCUUAUAAAGAAAAAGAAGGUUUACGUGAAAACACAACGGAUGGGGUGAUGAACUUUCUUGCGAAGGAUAUGUGGAGAGUAGUUUUUGGAUAUCAAGUCAAUUAUGGGAAGGUGCGAGAUAAGGCCAACGAGUUUUUAAUCACAGACAAAAAUUUAAUCAUUACCGAGUAUAUCAGUUAUGCUUCUGAUUGUAACGUCUAUUGUGUUGCUUUUGUCGCUGGUAUUGCGCAGUCAUGUAUGGACGCUGCAGACUUCAAAGGAACAGUGACACACGGGGAGGACGAGGAUGGCCCAUAUUUACAUAUAAUAUUUCAGCUAUGA